AUGACAGAUGAAAACAAUAUGAUGAAAUUAGCAAUUGAAUCAGAUAUUGAAGAGGAUGAUAAUGAUUAUGCAGAUGAUAAAAGUAAUGCUACAACUACGGAUGAUGAAUUUUAUAAUGAACUUAUGAAUGCACCAUCCGAAUGUGAAGAUCAUUUAAUUCCUAAUGAAUGUAAAGAUGAAAUAACUGCUAUUGAACAUUUAACAUCGUGUCUUAAUCGUCGAUAUAAUUCAUGUCCAGUAGUUUUUACUGGUACACUUAAAGAUGCUUUAAAUGAAGCUUUUAAUUCGAAAGAAAUUAAAGAACGACGACCACUUCUUAUCUAUGUGAAUAAUGAUAAAAGUCUUUAUUCAAAUCUAUUUUGUAAACAAUUAUUAUGUAAUGAUAAAAUUAUCGAAUAUUUAUUAAAUAAUUAUGUUCUUUGGGCAUGGGAUGUUACAUUUCCAUCAAAUGGAGAAAAGUUGAAUGAAAUAUUUAAAACAACAUUUUCACAAUGGAAAAUUGGAUAUUCUCUUGGUACAUGUACAAAUGAACAAUAUCCAUUUUUAAUCGGUAUUCGUCGUAGUACAAAUGGUGAUUAUUUAUUUGAUCGUCUUAUUGAUGGUUCAAAUAAGAGACCAGUUAUAGAUGAAUUUUUUGCACAUUUAAUGGAAUAUAAAGAUCGUUUUGAUUUUAGUGAAGAACAGUUCGAAAGAGAAAAAGAACGAUACAAUCAAAAUAUAAUAGAUAAAUGCUUUCAAACUCACGAUUUUCAUCAUCCAUCAAGAUAUCAUGAUAAUCCUCAUAUUUAUCCAUCAACAACAAUGUUUCCAUCGAUAAAUUUCGAUGGAAAUAAUCCACACUAUCCAAGAUUUUUAAAUAAUCAUUCUCAUAGAUCUGUUUUGCAUAAUAAUAAUGAUAAUUUACCAGAUAUAUUUCGACAAUUACAUAUACAUUCUAAUAACAAUGAUGAUUAUGAUGAUAAUGAUGAUGAUGAUGAUGAACAAACACCGACUAUUAAUCGUCCAUUACCAAAAUUUCCUGAAUGA